GUUAUAGCGGCUUCGCGCUAGACAGAUACAAUUGGAUUAUAUACAGUGAUUCAAAGGCAUUGGAGGCAUCGACUCAUGUUCAGCGGUUGCCUGGAGGAAAGAAGAGGUACCUCUCCUUGGAGACUUCCCGGGAUGCAAAACUCAAGCGCAAGACACAAGAAUGGAGCGCAAUACUGCUGCUGUCUGAUUGGUGAAACGUCCAUCGCUUCAUCUUUUCACAUUAGUUCUACUCGACGAAGCUCUAACCAGGUCUAUUGCAACCAGGACUCGACCACGAGACAUCUGACUUGUAGAGACAGUAGGCUAACAUUUGUCUUGGGUUUGUUUAGUCGGAAAAGCCUAUUAUUUAAGAAAUAGGCGGACGGCUUUUCCGUGGUGCUGAAGAUAGGACUUGGCUGAUCUACGAGUGAGGAGAAUCAGUACACGAGCCCACACUUUCCGCUCUGUCUUGUCAGCUUUAUGAUAUCAGGUGCUUUCGCUAAGGCAGCAGUCUGAGCUGAGGCAGGAUAGCAGGAUGUUGUGGGUGGAGUGUAGGAUAGUGGACGCCCUGCGUGGGAGAAGACGGAUGAGGGCCACGGCCGUCAAGCUUCCCUGCUCCUUCUGGUUCCUUCUGCUGUUCGGUGCUGGAGGCCUUGUCCUCUUCAUACACCUCCAGGACCUCUCAGAGAUGGUCCAGCAACAGGCUCCAGGUGUGAAGCUAAGAGGAACAGCUCGGCAGUCCAGAGAGGCGCUGUGUACUCAGGACAGUGAGGGUGUGAGAGUCAGCCCAGGCCAGGACCAGAGACCGGCUGUGGAAGGCCUAACCAGCCCCAUCCCCCCCAUGCAGUUCCCUGCCUUCCAGUGGACCAGACAUUCAGCCACCCCUGGCUCUAGGGAACAGGAAAUGGGUUCCCUGCGCGUCACCAAGCGCCACAGGAAACUACUGAAAACCAGCCCUGUGGUCUCUAACAACUCACACAACUCCUCCUCAUCCUCCUCUGGUUCCCCGGACUCUCCUGAGGAGAGCUGGCAGUGGCACAGACUGUCCCACAUCCAGGAAGCUCGGCGGAGGCUGAUGAAGGAGGUCUGUGCCAAGUACAAGAGCAGCAUCUCCAGGACCAUCACACCUCACCACGUGUCCCGGAUCUAUGUGGAGGACAAGUACAAGCUGCUGUACUGCGAGGUUCCCAAGGCGGGCUGCUCCAACUGGAAGAGGAUCCUCAUGGUGCUGUCUGGCCUGGCGUCGUCCACCCACGAGAUCAAACACGACGCUGUCCACUACGGAAACCACCUCAAGAGGCUGGACAGCUUCGACCGCCAGGGCAUCACGCAGCGUCUGGAGACCUACACCAAAGUCCUGUUUGUCCGCGAACCCCUGGAGAGGCUGGUGUCCGCCUUCAGGGACAAGUUUGAGAACCCCAACACUUACUAUCAUCCUGUAUUCGGAAAGCCCAUCAUCUCCAAGUACAGGGUGAACGCCUCCAAGGUGGCCCUCAGGACAGGCAGCGGAGUGACUUUCCAGGAGUUCAUGCAGUAUCUGUUGGAUGUGCACAGGCCUGUGGGCAUGGACAUUCACUGGGAGCCUACCAGCCAGCUCUGCAGCCCCUGUCUGCUGGACUACAACUUCAUCGGCAAGUUUGAGACCAUGGAGAAGGAGGCUAAUUUCUUACUACGUAGAACUGGUGCCCCGCAUAACCUCACCUUCCCCAGUUUUAAAGACAGGAACCCCAAGGCUGAGAGGACUUCAACUCAUUUAACCCAUCGCUACUUUGCACAGCUCAGCACUUCAGAGAGACAGAGAGCUUAUGACUUUUAUUACAUGGACUACCUUAUGUUUAACUACUCCAAACCUUUUAAAGAUUUGUAUUGAUUGACUCUCUGAUCUCUGUUUGAGUCCGCCAAUCUCCCCUGGCUUUAAGUGGAGGAGCGCACCAUUUACAAGUAUUACUAGAAGAUCAUCACAUGAAAACAAUGUCUCGGUCAGGCAUGUCAAUGUGGUCCUGUAUUAAAUACCGAUGCCUAACUGCAAAACAUUGAACUCACAAACAAUUUAUCACUGCACAGUCAGUGACGUGAAAAGACAGUUCAAUGCUUUAAAAUGUGUUACGUGAAGUGGUGCCCACCUAUCAUUUUUUGCACUUAGUGUAGCAAAUUCUUUCAAAUUCUCCAAAAACAUAUUGACUCAGACUGAGCAUUAGUCUGCCACACUACUGCUGGAGAGUGUGUCUGGACAGUCUUAUAGGGCAGCAUCCCCCUGAAGUAUCUCUAAGUACUACUUUACCACACCAUCCCACUACCCUUUAGAAUACACAUCCUCAUCACGGCCAUCAAGGCUUUUUCUGACACUAAUAUUUAAAAACUGUACAAAGGGCAUUCAGAUGACUAUAUAUAUUUUUCUAUGUAUUUCUAUAAUGGAUAUAUUCACUGCUUCUUUGUGGGGAUUUUGAUUUCUGAUAUCACUGAAUGUUAUUUCAGUAAUUAUAUGGUGAGUGUGUGUAGAGAAUAUCUGGCUAUAUUUAGGCCUCUUGGGUCCCCCUGUACAUCAGACCCUGUAAAACACGUGUCAAACUCAUUCCAUGGAGGGCCAAGUGUCUGCAUGCUUUUGCUCCUCCCUUGUACUUGACUGAUCAAUGAAGGUCAUUGAUUAGUUAGGAACUCCCCUCACCUGGUUGUCUAGGUCUUAAUUCGACCCAAAUAUUAAGGAAAUAAUAAAAACCAGAAUACAGUCGACCCUCCAUGGAAUGAGUGUGACACCCCUGUUGUAAAACAUGCUGGUUAACACGUAGAAUUCCACUCCAAUCUUUCCCUAAUUACCCAAUAAGCCCCUGCAGUGAAAUAUCACUGCAGUGUUAGAGAGAGCAGAACACUGACACCAUCUCUUAUACUGACACUGACAAAGUCACAAGGCAGCUUAUCCUACCCAACUCUGUGUGUGUGUUUGUGUGUCUGUGUGUGUGUGUGUGUGUGUGUGUGUGUGUGUGUGUGUGUGUGUGUGUGUGUGUGU